UGUCUUUUUGUCCUCUUUCUUUCCCUCCCUCUCUUCUCAUUCCCUCCCUCCCUCUCUCAGAGUAACCAUGUGCUUUUCGUGUCAGUAGACACAUUUAACCCUCUCCUCAGAAUAACCGAUGCAUAGACAGCUGUCUCUUUUUCUCUUUCUUUUUCUCUUUCUUUUUCUUCUCCUCUCACUUCUCCUUUCGUAGGGUUCUUUAUGUGUCUAGAAACUCUCCUAUAGAGGAAUUCAUGUAACUGCAACAGGACAGAGACACCUUAAGUACAUACAUGCUGGAGGAAGCCACAACAUAAUCACCUCCAACGGAAACAACUUCAAAAGUUUGAGGUUUGCUGGGAGAGAAGAAGAAGGACACUCAGGCUGAAAAAGCGGGACCAUGCUGGGCUGUCAGAUCCGGACUGGGUUUGUGCCGGUACUGCUGGUCAGUUUUUUUCUGCUGAUGGCAUCUGUUUCAGGAAAUGCACACAUGAUCUGGAAGAGGGGACUCAACCAGAAGGACUAUGAGUACCCCAACCAUCCUCAGACCGCUCAGCACCAGAAGAACGACCGCUGUCCUCCUCCACCGCAGAUGCUGCCUGAGCGAGCCUGUGAGGUCCCAGGCUGUCGGUCCGAUUCUGAGUGUGAGAGACACAAACGGUGCUGUUACAACGGCUGCAUCUACGCCUGCCUGGAGUCAGUGCAACCUCCACCCGUGCUGGACUGGUUGGUGCAGCCCAAGCCACGUUGGUUAGGAGGGAACGGCUGGCUUUUAGAUGGACCAGAAGAAGUUCUGCAGGCUGAGGCCUGUAGCACCACAGAGGAUGGAGAUGAGCCUUUGCUCUGCCCAACUGGUUACGAGUGCCACAUUAUCAACCCGGGAAACCCCUCAGCUGGGAUCCCAAACCGAGGCCAGUGCAUCAAACAGCGUGGAAACUCAGAUGGACGUAGCCUGAGACACAAGUCCUUCAAAGAUUACAAGGAUUAUUUAGGAAGUAACUCCAACAAUGCAGUGAGCUAUGAGAAACAUCAGCACAAGCAUGUGGGCUGAGACAGGUUCCUGUUCAGGAAUCAGGACUGAAGUAACCACUAACCGCUGACUUCUGAACCCCAACCAUCAAAUCAAACAGAACUGCACAAGCCUUUCUCUUCAGUUUAAACCAGAGAUCGGUUCAAAUCUGGUGCUCUUUUUCUUAGGUGCUUAAUGUGGAGUGACAGAAACACAAAGCUAAAAUUUCCUACCUCUUAUAAAAGCCAAAAACAGACCACAGAAAGUAUCAAAGAACUUAUACAAUAAUAUGUCUUCUACAUUUGCUUACUAUGGGUAAAAAGCUGAAUUAAUUAUAUGUGAGUUGUGUCAAAGGAAGAUAGUCUGUGUGGUUUUUAUGCUGCUGAGUCUGAAAUUUUUUUCCACUGUAAACACCAAAAACAGCUAGUUAAUGUAUGCUAACUGCUUGGUUACUGUGAGGAUUAAAAUUUUGGACUGGGACAGGGAUGCUCCAUAAAGACUUAAAUUCCAUACCACACAAUUAUGUUUCGCCUUUAAAGUUUUUUAUUUGUAUUUUUUCAAAAAUAAUGCAUGUAGGUGCUUGCCUCAGCUAUAGUUUAACAUAACCAGGCAACAGUUAGAUCCCAUCUGUGCUCUACCACUCCAAACUAUUUGUUUUUCAUAUGGUGCUCUAAUCAUUAACUAUGGUUGUUGUUGUGCAGGUCUAUGUUUUACUCUACUGCUCUCUAAUAAGCUAUACAAAUCUGACGAGUGGGACAAACCACAAUACAGCUUUCAGUAAAUCAAAACAUUUGAAACUGGUGCUGCAUAUACUGCCUUGUAAUUCCAAAUAAAACAUUUCAUAAAAUA